AUGGAAGGACGAACAUCGUCCGGAACCAGCUGCAAGAAAUCAGCCCGACUCUUACUUUGUUCGAAACUUCUCAUUAUAUUUUUUGUUUUAUUCCUAUUCAACGUUUACAUCUCACCACGUCGGUUUUUACAGUCAUAUCAUAACGUCAUUACUGACUAUCGAUUCUCGUCUCUUGAAAAUAAUCAUUUGAUUGGUCGAGUUUUUAUUGCUAUCAAUCUCUAUCAAUCACAAUCAUUACUUGAGGAUGGCAGCUGGACUUGUACAUUGAUGGAACUCAUUGAUCAGCUCGGUCCUAACAACGUUUAUUUGUCUAUUUUCGAAAAUAAUUCAACAGAUGCGACGCCGCAUCUUUUACGACAAAUUGAAAAGCAAUUGAAAUGCGAACAUACAAUUGUCACAACGACAAUAAAUCUUGAUGAGGAUCAAUAUGCCUCUUUAUACAUCAACGAUCGAAAAGGCAAAUACUUAUCUCGCAUGGCAUAUCUUGCUAUGGUUCGAAACCGUGCUUUGGAGCCCAUCAUGAGCAAUGGACGUUUUUCCAAGGUCCUCUUUCUCAACGAUAUUGUUUUUUCUAGUCAAGAUGUAAUUCAACUUCUUCAGACCAACAGUGGAAACUACGCAGCUGCCUGUGCGCUCGAUUUCAUCAAUCCGGUGAAAUUCUACGAUACUUUCGCUACUCGUGAUUCUUCCGGCUAUUCGAUGGGUUUACCAUUAUAUCCGUAUUUCUCUCCUGGUCAAAGUCAAUCACAAACUCUACGAAACAGUCUCAUUCAUGUCAAAAGUUGUUGGUCUGGUAUGGUCGCCUUCGAUAGUAAACCAUUCGAUAAUGGACUGAAAUUUCGUUCGUUAGAUAACGUAUCUGACUACGAUGCAUCAGAGUGUUGUCUCAUCCAUGCAGAUAUUAAUCAACCAAACCGAACCUUUAUUAAUCCGAGAAUUCAUGUUGCCUAUUCGAAGUUUGUUUACAUAUGGCACAAACGGUUAGCUUAUUUCGAAUCGAUUUGGAAACCUGUACAACGAGUAAUUACAUAUUUAGCGAAUUUGCCACGAUAUAACAAAUUCCGUCUGAAUGGAAUACAUCCAUCGGAACGUUUACCAUUCAAGGAAAGAUUGUGUCAAGCAUUUCGAGAUCAUCUGGUUUAUAAUCCCGAAGAUCUACCACCAAAAACCGAUCUUCGCGAACAAAUGACACCAGUAGAAGAUCAAUCAAGAAUUGGAAGUUGCUCAGCAAACUGUUUAGCUGGAGCGUAUGAAUAUUUAACAAAGAGAGGAAGCCAUCAGAAUAUCGAUAUUAGUAGCUUGUUUAUCUACUACAAUGGUCGUGUAAAAGAAAAUGGAAGCGAGAAUGCUAUCACUGAUUCAGGAUGUUCAAUGACGCGUAUUAUUGAAGCAUUGGAAGAGUACGGCACUUGUCUGGAAUCUCUUUGGCCGUCUGAUAUUACACAAGUCAACGAACAGCCAAGUGAUGAAGCUUAUCAACAGGCCAAACAUCACAAGAUUACCGAUGCAUUACAGAUUAAUAUUGACUUAUACGAAAUGAAAUCAUGUUUAGCACAGGGUUUUCCAUUUGCAUUUGGUUUGAAAUUUUUCUCAUCAUUUGAUCAAGCAGCCCAAUCGGGUAUUGUACCGAUGCCGAAUUCAUCGGAUCGUACUCGACAAUCGGAUGGAAGUCAUGCUCUUCUAGCGGUUGGCUAUAAUGAUCAAUCACAGUCGUUUAUUGUUCGAAAUUCCUGGGGUGAAGAUUGGGGAGAUAAAAGCUACUGUUAUAUUCCAUAUGAUUAUAUAACUGAUUCGAAUCUUUGCUUCGAUGUUUGGACUGUGCGAAAAGUAGCGACAGAUGAUUUUGGCCAAGAUCAUUGGGAUACCGACGAUUCGGGAGGCAUCACAGUAUUCCGAUUCAUUAGAAAAUACAUUACAUCACCGAUGCGUGAUGUACCUGAAUCGCGGUUAGCCUUCGCAUUCGCUGAAGUUGGAGCGAACUAUCAAAAAGAUGCUCAGUUUACCAAAGCCCUUCACUUCUAUCAAUGCGCUUUAAACAUCCAAAUAAACAUUCUCUCUCCUACGCAUCCUACCUUGGCAACACUUUACAAUAACAUUGGCUCUGCGUAUUCUAAUCUAGCCGAGUAUUCGAAGGCUCUCGAAAAUUACAACAAGGCGCUUGAAAUCCAGCAGAAAGCUCUUCCUUUCGACCAUCCAGAGUUAGCAUCAACGCACAACAACAUUGGCGAAGUUUAUUUCUCUAUGGGAGAUAACUCACGAGCUCUGGAAAAUUACAACAAAGCGCUCGAAAUCCAACAGAAAAUUCUUCCAUCGAACCAUCCAGACUUAGCCAUCACUUACAAUAACAUUGGUUCAACACAUUACCAGAUGAGUCAGUAUUCAAAAACAUUGGAGAACCACAACAAAGCGUUAGAGAUCCAACAAAAAACUCUCCCUUCCAAUCAUUCGCUUUUAGCGGCAACAUACACCUACAUCGGCUCUUUGUAUUUUGUUACAGGAGAAUAUUCCAGAGCCCUUCAAAACUACGAUAAAGCGCUUGAAAUUCGACACAAAGCUCUUCCUUCCAACCAUCCCGACUUAGCAACGACGUACAACAACAUCGGUCGAGUGUAUUCUGUCAUGGGAGAUCACUCAAGAGCUUUAGAGUACUACAAAAAAGCGCUUGGAAUUCAGCACGUGAUCCUUCCUACGUACCAUCCCGACUUAGCGGUGACGCAUAACAACAUUGGCUCUACGUAUAAUAAAAUGGGCGACCACACAACAGCUCUAAAACACUACGACCGAGCACUCAAAAUUCAACACAAAGUUUUACCUUCGACGCAUCCAAGUGCCGCGACGACAUACAACAACAUUGGCGCAGUGUACCUUAUUAUGGGGAAUUAUGCUCGAGCUCUAAAGAAUUAUCACAAACAGUUAGAAAUUGAGCAAAAAUACCUUCCAUCGACACAUCCAGAUUUAGCAACAACAUACAGCAACAUCGGCUUUGCAUACUCGAAAAUGGGCGAUCACCCAAGAGCUCUGGAAAACUACAACAAAGCACUCGGAAUUCAACGGAAAGUUUUCGCUUCAAAUCAUCUUAGUCUAGCGACUACGUACAAUAACAUCGGCUUAGUGUAUUCUCAAAUGAGCCAGCCUGCGAAAGCUGUGGAAAACUACAAGAAAGCGUUCGAAAUUCAACAAAAAGCUCUACCUUCUAUGCAUCCAGAAUUGGCUACAACGUACAACAACAUAGGCUUAGUGUAUUUUGCGAUGGGGGACCACUCGGAAGCCCUGAAACACUAUAAAAAAGUGCUUGUGAUUGAGCACAAAUCUCUCUCUUCCAACCAUCCAGACUUGGCCAUAACGUAUAAUAACAUCGCUGCUGUAUAUUUCGUUAUGGCGGACCAUUCAAGAGCUCUUGAAAACUACGACAAAGCACUCGAAAUUCUAUACAAAAGUCUUCCUUCCAACCACCCCGACUUAGCAACGGCGUACAAUAACUUAGGCGCUGUGUAUUUUCGCCUGGCUGAAUAUUCGAAGGCUCUUGAGAACUAUAACAGAGCAAUUGAAAUCCAACGAAAAGCUAUCCCUUCGAACCAUCCAGAGUUAGCAACGACGUACAGCAACAUCGGUGUACUGUAUUAUUAUAUGGAAGAUCACUCACGAGCUUUAGAAAACUACCAAAAAGCACUGGAAAUUGAGCAGAGCGCUCUCCCUGCGAGCCAUCCAGACUUAGGAAAAACAUACAGUAACAUCGGCUUAGUGUAUUCUAAGAUGCGCUCUUAUUCAAGAGCUCUGGAAAAUUACGAUAAAGCGCUUGAAAUUCAGCAGAAAACUCUUCCUUCCAAUCAUCCAGACUUGGCGACAAUGUACAACAACAUCGGUUUAGUUUAUUCUGAUAUGAAAGACUAUUCAAGAGCUCUUGAAAACUACGAUAAAGCGCUUGAAAUUCGACACAAAGCUCUUCCUUCCAACCAUCCCGACUUAGCAACGACGUACAACAACAUCGGUCAAGUGUAUUCCGUCAUGGGCGAUCACUCAAGAGCUUUAGAGAACUAUAAAAAAGCGCUUGGAAUUCAGCACGUGAUCCUUCCUUCAUACCAUCCCGACUUAGCAGUGACGUACAAUAACAUUGCUUCUGUGUACAAUAAGACGGGCCAAAUCUCGAGAGCUCUCGAAAACUGUAACAGAUCUCUUGAAAUUAAACAGAGAGCUCCAUCCUCACCCUCUAGGAUUAUUCAUGCCAAUUAUAUGUAG